CCGCCCCCGGCCCCGCCCCCUCCCCGGGCAGGUUAUAUAAAGCGCGGUGCGUGCCGCUGUCCUCCUGACGGUCGCUGCUCGCCGCUCAGUCCGCCCGCUCUCCCCGCACUCUCUGCAGUCUCAGCCGCCGCCAUGUUCCGCUACCUGGGGGAGCUGGUUACCCGCAAUGGGGCCGCGCUGUCCUCCUCCGCCGCUGACUCCGCGCUGCCCGCCGCGGCCGCCGCCCUCCGCCGGUACAGCCAGGCCGUGGACUCCGAGGACGAUCCCAACUUCUUCAAAAUGGUGGAGGGCUUCUUCGACCGCGGCGCCGGCAUCGUGGAGGACAAACUGCUGGAGGACCUGCGGACCCGCGAGACCGAGGAGCAAAAACGGGUCCGCGUCAAGGGGAUCCUGCGGAUCAUCAAACCGUGCAACCACGUGCUGAGCGUCAGCUUCCCCAUCAAACGGGACAACGGGGAGUGGGAGGUGGUGGAGGGCUACCGGGCCCAGCACAGCCAGCACAGGACCCCCUGCAAGGGAGGUAAAUAUAAUACCAUAAUAUAUAAUACCAUAAUAAUAAUAAUAUAAUACUACCACCGGGCCCAGCACAGCCAGCACAGGACACCCUGCAAGGGAGGUAAAUAUACCAUAAUAAUAAUACCAUAAUAAUAAUAUAAUACUACCACCGGGCCCAGCACAGCCAGCACAGGACACCCUGCAAGGGAGGUAAAUAUAAUACCAUAAUAUAUAAUAAUACCAUAAUAAUAAUAUAAUAUAAUACUACCACCGGGCACAGCCAGCACAGGACACCCUGCAAGGGAGGUAAAUAUACCAUAAUAUAUAAUACCAUAAUAAUAAUAAUAUAUAAUAUAAUACUACCACCGGGCACAGCCAGCACCGGACCCCCUGCAAGGGAGGUAAAUAUACCAUAAUAAUAAUACCAUAAUAAUAAUAAUAUAUAAUAUAAUACUACCACCGGGCACAGCCAGCACCGGACCCCCUGCAAGGGAGGUAAAUAUACCAUAAUAAUAAUAAUAUAUAAUAUAAUACUACCACCGGGCACAGCCAGCACCGCACCCCCUGCAAGGGAGGUAAAUAUACCAACUAAUAAUACCAUAAUAAUAAUAUAAUAUAAUACUACCACCGGGCACAGCCAGCACCGGACACCCUGCAAGGGAGGUAAAUAUACCAACUAAUAAUACCAUAAUAAUAAUAUAAUAUAAUACUACCACCGGGCACAGCCAGCACCGGACACCCUGCAAGGGAGGUAAAUAUACCAUAAUAUAUAAUAAUAAUAUAAUAAUAAUAUAAUAUAUAAUACUACCACCGGGCACAGCCAGCACCGGACACCCUGCAAGGGAGGUAACUAUAAUACCAUAAUAAUAUAAUACCAUAAUAAUAUAUAAUAUAAUACUACCACCGGGCACAGCCAGCACCGCACCCCCUGCAAGGGAGGUAAAUAUACCAACUAAUAAUACCAUAAUAAUAAUAUAAUAUAAUACUACCACCGGGCACAGCCAGCACCGGACACCCUGCAAGGGAGGUAAAUAUACCAACUAAUAAUACCAUAAUAAUAAUAUAAUAUAAUACUACCACCGGGCACAGCCAGCACCGGACACCCUGCAAGGGAGGUAAAUAUACCAUAAUAUAUAAUAAUAAUAUAAUAUAUAAUACUACCACCGGGCCCAGCACAGCCAGCACAGGACCCCCUGCAAGGGAGGUAACUAUACCAUAAUAUAUAAUACCAUAAUAAUAAUAAUAUAUAAUAUAAUACUACCACCGGGCACAGCACAGCCAGCACAGGACACCCUGCAAGGGAGGUAAUCAAUAACUAAUAAUACCAUAAUAAUAAUAUAUAAUAUAAUACUACCACCGGGCACAGCCAGCACCGGACACCCUGCAAGGGAGGUAAAUAUACCAUAAUAUAUAAUACCAUAAUAAUAAUAAUAUACAAUAUAAUACUACCACCGGGCACAGCCAGCACCGCACACCCUGCAAGGGAGGUAACUAUACCAUAAUAUAUAAUACCAUAAUAAUAAUAUAUAAUAUAAUACUACCACCGGGCACAGCACAGCCAGCACCGGACCCCCUGCAAGGGAGGUAAAUAUACCAUAAUAUAUAAUAAUAAUAUAAUAUAUAAUACUACCACCGGGCCCAGCACAGCCAGCACAGGACCCCCUGCAAGGGAGGUAACUAUACCAUAAUAUAUAAUACCAUAAUAAUAAUAUAUAAUAUAAUACUACCACCGGGCACAGCACAGCCAGCACCGCACACCCUGCAAGGGAGGUAACUAUACCAUAAUAUAUAAUACCAUAAUAAUAAUAAUAUAAUACUACCACCGGGCCCAGCCAGCACCGCACACCCUGCAAGGGAGGUAACUAUACCAUAAUAUAUAAUACCAUAAUAAUAUAAUAUAAUACUACCACCGGGCACAGCCAGCACCGCACACCCUGCAAGGGAGGUAACUAUACCAUAAUAUAUAAUACCAUAAUAAUAUAAUAUAAUACUACCACCGGGCCCAGCCAGCACCGCACACCCUGCAAGGGAGGUAACUAUACCAUAAUAUAUAAUACCAUAAUAAUAUAAUAUAAUACUACCACCGGGCACAGCCAGCACCGCACACCCUGCAAGGGAGGUAACUAUACCAUAAUAUAUAAUACCAUAAUAAUAUAAUAUAAUACUACCACCAGGCACAGCCAGCACCACCCUGCAAGGGAGGUAACUAUACCAUAAUAUAUAAUACCAUAAUAAUAUAAUAUAAUACUACCACCGGGCACAGCCAGCACCGCACACCCUGCAAGGGAGGUAACUAUACCAUAAUAUAUAAUACCAUAAUAAUAUAAUAUAAUACUACCACCGGGCACAGCCAGCACCGCACACCCUGCAAGGGAGGUAAUCAAUAACUAUAUAAUAAUAUAAUACUACCCAGCACAGCCAGCACCGCACCCCCUGCAAGGGAGGUAACUAUACCAUAAUAUAUAAUACCAUAAUAAUAUAAUAUAAUAUACCCAGCACAGCCAGCACAGGACCCCCUGCAAGGGAGGUAAAUAUAAUACCAUAAUAUAUAAUAAUACCAUAAUAAUAAUAUAAUAUACCCAGCACAGCCAGCACCGGACACCCUGCAAGGGAGGUAAAUAUACCAUAAUAAUAAUAUAUAAUAUAAUACUACCACCGGGCACAGCCAGCACCGGACACCCUGCAAGGGAGGUAAAUAUAAUAACUAAUAAUAUAUAAUAAUAUAAUAUACCCAGCACAGCCAGCACAGGACACCCUGCAAGGGAGGUAAAUAUAAUAACUAAUAAUACCAUAAUAAUAUAAUAUAAUACUACCACCGGGCCCAGCACAGCCAGCACCGCACACCCUGCAAGGGAGGUAAAUAUACCAUAAUAAUAUAUAAUAAUAAUAUACCCAGCACAGGACACCCUGCAAGGGAGGUAAAUAUAAUAACUAAUAAUACCAUAAUAAUAUAAUACUACCACCGGGCCCAGCACAGCCAGCACCGCACACCCUGCAAGGGAGGUAAAUAUACCAUAAUAAUAAUAAUAUAUAAUAAUAAUAUACCCAGCACAGGACACCCUGCAAGGGAGGUAAAUAUAAUACCAUAAUAAUAAUAAUACCGGGGGAUACCGGGCCCAGCACAGGACACCCUGCAAGGGAGGUAAUCAAUAAUAUAUAAUAAUAAUACCGGGGAUACCCAGCACCGCACCCCCUGCAAGGGAGGUAAUCAAUAAUAAUAAUAUAAUAACAAUAAUAAUAUACCGGGCCCAGCACAGCCAGCACUGCACGCCCUGCAAGGGAGGUAAAUAUAAUAAUACCACCCCGGGCACAGCCAGCACCGCACCCCCUACAAGGGAGGUAACUAUCAUACCAUAUAUAAUAAUAUAAUAUACCGGGCACAGCCAGCACCGCACACCCUGCAAGGGAGGUAAUCAAUAUACAAUAAUAUAAUAUAAUAUACCGGGGGUACCGGGCCCAGCACAGUCAGCACCGCACGCCCUGCAAGGGAGGUAAAUAAUAUAAUAUAAUACCCCGGGCACAGCCAGCACCGGACACCCUGCAAGGGAGGUAAAUAAUACUAUCAUAUAUAAUAAUACCGGGGAUACCCAGCACAGCCAGCACCGCACCUCCUGCAAGGGAGGUAACUAUACCAUAAUAUUAAUACCAUAAUAAUAUAUAAUAUACCGGGCCCAGCACAGCCAGCAUCGCACACCCUGCAAGGGAGGUAACUAUACCGUAAUAAUACCAUAAUAUAUCAUAAUACCCAGCACAGCCAGCACAGGACACCCUGCAAGGGAGGUAACUAUAUCUUAAUAAUAAUACCAUAAUAUAUCAUAAUGCACAGCCAGCAUAGGACACCCUGCAAGGGAGGUAACUAUACCGUAAUACCGGGAUACUGGGGGGGGUAAUACCGGGCACAACCAGCACCGGACACCGUGCAAGGGAAGUAGUAAUACUAUACCACCGGGAGGUAAUACCAGGCCCAGCACCGGACACUCUGCAAGGGAGGCGAGUCCCGGGAUACCGGGGGGGAGACUGGGGGUAACACUACCUGUGUAAUUAUUCUGUAUAAUGUGAGUGUCCCAGGUUGGAUCCUCUGAUAUAGCCCAGGUCCAGUCUCCAUACUCUCCAAGCCCUGGGGGAGGGAUGCUCUGUGUUAACAUUUUAUUCCUAUAAUUACAGCUAUAUAGACAGUAGUAUCUGCUAAUACAGUGACUAUUAAUAAUAUUGUAUGAAUUACGAUCAUCUGCAAAGAGACAAUUAUCUUCUAAUGGACAUUAUCCUGAUAGACCCUUAUAUGAGCUAUGCAGGUUUAUAGAAGGUGUUCAGUCAGGCCCGCAAUGUCCUUACAUUAAGAAUUCCCAUUUACUAUAGUAGUCAGUAGAUGCAAUGUAUAGGAUGUAAUUAGGUCUUCAUUUAAUGGCUCUAUUCACCCAAUACCUGAACAAAGCUGGAGGUGAGUCUGCAGGACAUUGGGAUUUGCUUUCAUUGUCCUGGGGCACUAGUAACACACAGCAUAUUCUGUGCAUUGCACUUAUCUUUAUUGCCAUAUUCUCUUAAUGGGUUUAAUUUCCACUGGUAAUCACUUUUCUGGGGAACUUCCUAUAUCUGUAACCAGCCUGUACUGGAUCCUGCCUGCAAUGGUUUCCAUAUUAAUGUAUUUAGAACUAUUGAUCAGCUGCUGAUUGUUCUCAAUUGAAGCCUAUUGUUUAGAUCUUUUUAUUUUUAUGCUCAGGGAAAACCUAAUUACAGAUCCAAUUACCAUAAACAAAAACCCAUUUCAAACCUUUUUAUGUGUAUUGGCAGCAUUGUCUUAAACACUGCUCACUACACCUAGUGUCCUUUAAAGCAAAAUAGUUCAUUGUGCGUUUCUCUGUGGGUGCACUCCCUAUGAACCAUCUGUCGUGGUUUGUAUAGAAUUAGAUGGUAUAAGGAUCAAUUGGUGAAUAGGGAGUAGCCAUAGGCUUUCUGACCACUCUGUUGUUCUCUGGAGAUUAAAAUGUCAUUUGUGCUGUCUGGUCUAAGAAAUGUAUUUGGUUGAUCUAGUAUUUUGUCCCCUUUGCUGCAGUCUGAUUGUGUUUUGCUUCUAAAUGAUCGCAUGUGUCGAAGGCCAUUGCAGUCCUUUUAAAUAGUCACAGUGCGACCCAUUCAUUCUGCCUCGGACAGCUGACUCGUAAAAGAUCACUUUGAAUUCUCAAAGAUGUAAUGAGAUCCUAUGUGCCCUUCCAACUUUAUAUAAAACAUUACAAUUAAUUUAAUUGUGCAAUCCCCUGGAAGCUGGCAAUGUAUCUCAUAAGAUGUACUUCAAUCAUUUUGGGUUCUAUGGUGGAAACCAGUGUAAAGUAACGGUUUGCAAUGCAAUAGUGUGUUUUUUUUUUUUUGGUUUUUUUUCUUGCAUCUUUACGCAUCAAUACACCACCUCGUUAGUAAUGCUCCACUUUUCACAAAACCUCUCUUGGUUGGACAUACAGUGUAUGUUUGCAGCUGGCAAAUGCGAGGCGACCUGCAGCCAAUCCCUGUCAUCUUACUGCACUAUAUGGCAAGGAGUUCUUUGCAGGUCAGCUCACACUGAUCUCUCAUUGGCUGCGCUCUGUACUUCCAACCAGGAAGAGAUUUUAUACAAAUGGGAGGUGGGGCUACAGGUUGCGGGGCCAAACAUAACCUGCACUUUGUCUGGGGAACAGAGCGUUCCUUUAAGAUGAAGUUCAUUGAUGCAAACAUCCACGUGCUUUGCUAGUAUAGAGCAUAGCUGCAACUAAAUUGUUUAUACACUCUACUUCAAGUGUUUGAGUGGUCGUUUUUUCUUUUCAGUGAAAAACGUGUUUUUUUUUUUCAUAGCUGUGUGUAGGGUAAAAGUGCAAAUGCUGUCAACUCAUUGUGACCUUCCUGAAGAAAUCUGUCCGAUUUAGUGACCUUGGAUCAAGUUUCUUUUUAACCAAUAGUUAUUGGUUAGCGUUUAAGUGCUCUCUAUUUAAUCAUACAGCCUGGUUAUGUCACAUGUCGACCUGUCAGAUUUUUACUUGGUUUUUACAUGAUAAUUUGUACUAGUCUAGGCACUCAAAAAGUGCACUUGUUUUUAAUUUUAAAAUGUAUUUAUAGAAGUGCCUUAAAACCUUGGGGCAAAAACUGUAAAUGGAUUGGUGUGACUCAGAGAAUUAGAAUUUUCUGUCUGUAGUAUACCUAAAUACUUUACGUCGACAUUGGCAUGUUGCAGUUGUGCACAUUCUCCCAGGAGCAGUCGUGAAAGACUUGUACUAAAUUGCAUGAUGUGCAGAUAUUCAUUUAUAGACCAGCUAAACCUUUUUACUAGUUGCCCUAUAUGAAUCCCACAUGUAUAUACAAACGCCCUUCUGAAGCUGAUCUGUGGUGAUUCAUUUAUUUUUAUGCAAAAUGGAGGAAAACUUUUUUUUUUUUUUUUCCCCCUUUCUACAAAAUGUCAGCUGGUACUUAUUUAGCCUCCUUUGAAACUAGGGAGUGGUAAGGUCUCUUUCAGCAAGCUUUUGGUUUAGAGCCAAUGGAAACUUUUUCGUUUUUCUGCAUGAAAAAGUAGUGAGUCAUACUGUACAAAAAUUCCUUUCUAAGGAUGCAUUUUGUCUGAGUCUCCCAUCAGGAACCACAGAGGGAAAUUGUUUACGAGUGUUCAACACAAACAUCCUUGUUGCGAUAGAAAUUGGGCAAAUGCCUGCCUAUAUUUUGCUUGUGCCAAUUUAGCAGGGUGCUUUAAUGCUGGUUGUCUUGGCACCUCAGGUGUUAGAGGCUUCAUAUGUGUAGGACUUUGGUGUAUUCUCCUCUUUGAAACCUAAAAUUCAGUCAUUGGUUAACCCUAGUCCCAAUAAACAGAGAAAUGUGUGUUUAAUCAGCUCCAUCUUUUAUUUUUACCAUCUAGGUUGCCCAAAAGGUUGGUACCAAGAUGUUUUGUCAUUCUAAAGGCAUGCAGCAAACCCUCAUGGGAGUUGUAGAUCCCCAGAUGUUGAACUACCUUUUGGGCGACCCUGGUCUAGGUUAUACCUUGAAGAGUACCCUAGAUGGGUUUUACUUGGCUUAUGGCGUUUGUCACGCUUUGCCAAAAAAUACACUGAAGCAGUAGUGAGGAGUCCUACUUGCUGUCUGUGUAACCUGGGUGUCUUUUUACCUUUCAAUGAACGUGUUUCGGCAACUUGCUUUCAAACCUUAAAGGAUCACUAUAGUGUCAGGAAAAGAAAGCGGUUUUCCUGACACUAUAGUGCCCAGAGGGUGCCCCCACCCUCAAGGUCCCCCUCUCGUGGCACUGAAGGGGUUAAAACCCUUACAGUUACUUACCUUAUUCCAACGCCGGGCUCCCUCGGCGCUGGUGACCUCUUCUUCCCCGCCGACGUCAGUGGAGCUGAAUGCUUAUGCGCGGCAAAUACGCUCUGCAUGUUGGAGGCAUAAUAUGCCUCCAGCGUUGCAGAUGCACCUCUAGUGGCUGUCCGGAAGACAGCCACUAGAGGCUGGAUUAACCCUGCUAUGUAAACAUAGCAGUUUGUCUGAAACUAUGUUUACAUCUAAAUGGGUUAAAACCUGGGGGACCUGGCACCUAGACCACUUCAUUGAGCUGAAGUGGUCUGGGUGACUAUAGUGUCCCUUUAAUGUUAAAACGGAGUAUCUAACCUGGAUGUUACUGCCCUCAGAGUAAUAGUUGUUUAUGAACUUUAUUCACAAGUCAUAAGUUUGAAUUCUUCUGAGCACUACUUAGUCUCACUUUUGGUUUUCAUUACACGGUUUAUUAAGAGAAAUGUUAUUUUCUUAACCUUAGUUUUUUUUCUCUCUCUUCAUUCAGGUAUUCGUUACAGCACAGAGGUUAGCGUUGAUGAAGUAAAAGCGUUGGCUUCUUUGAUGACUUACAAAUGUGCUGUUGUAGGUAAGUUGUCCUAAUUCUUCUACGUCUUGAAUACUUUGAUUGCAAAAAAUACCUUGAGCAUAUAUCUGUGAUUAUAUAGAAUUUCAAUCUGAACACUAGAACAGCGACAUCAGUGUCCUAACCUGACCUCUUCAUCAAUCAGUCAUGUGGUAUAUUAGUCUUGUAUUUUCAUGGAUGCUCGAGCAUAAGAGAUGUUCUCUGUAAGAACUCGUGGUAUCUGAGACUUCCAUGCUUGCCAGUGAAUGCCGAACCACUCAUAAAUAAACAGAAAUGCUCUUUGGGACUCUGUGCUGUUAAACGUUAUGCCCGCUUUUAACCCCACGAGUGCCAGCCAUGUAAUUCCCAUGGCUGGCUGAGUAGACGUUAAAGGCAAUCUACCCUUUUCUGCAUUUCUAAGGCUUCAAUUUUUAAAACAUUGCACAGUUACCCUAAACUCUCUACCCUGCUGCAUGAUCACAGCUAUUGUACAGAGUCUUUGCUUUAGUAGUGCAGGAACACUCUGCAAAGUAUUGCACAUGUUAAAUUAUGGAUAGCUCUCCAUGCCAGAAUGCUGGGCAUCCAAGCUACGUUAUACUGCAAAAUAUACAAAAGACCAGGCUAGGGUAAUCCAAAAGAGGUUUAUUUUUACAAUUAAGUGACUUCCUUUACAGCUGAAAUGCCACAAGUGGUUUUGCAAGAGUCAGGCAGUUGGUAGUCUCCAUUACAACGUGUGGGCAAUCACAGGCCGUUUCUUGUGAUGACCACUCUGAUCAGUACAAACAUCAGGGACUAUACCCACCGUUCCAGCUGCUUUUUGGCUGUAAUUGUAUUUGUCGCUUUGUGUAAUGCACAUGCUCUCCAAAUUAAAAGUAGAAAACCAUUCUUCCAUAUUGAUGUAGUCUCUUCUGUUGCCCUACAUACUGAGCAAUAAAAUCCAUUGUACAAUUCAAGGAGUGUAUAAAAAUGUAGGACUCAAAGAAACUUUUCAUACCAAAAUAUCCCAAAUAAAAUAACCUAUAUUGUCUACCAUGGAAAAAUGAGAUGUCUGGAUGUAUAUGUACCUGGCCAAACGGACGCGUUUCUUUUAUUUUUAGAUGUGCCUUUUGGUGGAGCCAAAGCGGGUGUCAAAAUAAACCCUAGGAAUUACUCGGUAAGUUUUUCACACUUGAAAGGACACCUCAAGCUGGGGUUGGUUUGUGUUUGUUUUAUAAACCGUAGAUAAUGCAUUAAAUAUAUGCCAAAAAAGUCCAAAUGUUGGAUGUCUACUUGAAGGUCAGCAUUUGUUAUUCCACUUUUUGACACACUUUAACUUCCCAUAGAACUGUUACGUUUUUUCCAUAAGCAGUCUUAUUAGCACAGCAAGGGUUUCUGGGAGUUAUGGUUCACCUGUCUUUCUGCUCUAGGUAGCCAGCACUUAGAACUACAAUUCCCAGAAACCUGCCAUUGCUUUAUGCACAGUAGUGCUUUUAGAGCGGAUAGACUGCAGUGUAGGUAUGUUCAUGGAGCAAAGCUAUUUUUACAAUGGAUUUAAAAACAAAAUGGGCACUAACCUACAUUUCCGAACGUGUGUGAGUGCCCUUUUAGAGAUCUGAAGAAAAGUUUGUCAACUGGUCCUGUUUGGCUGUGUGCACAUACAUAUGGGGCUUACAAUGUGGCUUUGAAUGUUCAUUAACCUAAUGUCUUACAAAUGCAUCUUUCUCUGAAAUCCUAUGAGUUAUGGAAAGUGAAGCAAGUUUGCUUAAUUUCUAUUUAGAUAAUGAGCUUACUAUCUUUAGCUUUAGUCAGCUGGCCUGCGGAAGAGAGUCCGUUUAUUGUACUCUAGACUGAAAACAAGUCUACUUGAAAGCGGAUUCCAGAAAGAAAUGAUAACUUAUUGAGGUUCUGUAUACAGGGGCAGACUCAGCGCUCCCAUGGUGACCGAUUCCUUUUCUUGUGUAUGAAGAUUGUAGUCUGAUAACCAAGCCCCAAUGUCUGAUGUUCAUGCAGCAUUACGAGGGCAAUCUGUGCCAGCUAAUACACUGCAUGGGAGGAGACUGCUUAAAAUGCUUUCACUUCCCUCUUUUGUGGUCCACCUUUAAAGUCCAUUUUACAUUGAGUAACUGCAGUGUGUCCUAGACCCAGGCAAUACAUUGAGACAUGGCUUUUCUGUAAAUGUAUUGCCGGGGCUUGUCCUUCUCCUGCUUUGUCUUUUAAAGAAAGUAAACAUUAUAGCAAGUGAAGUGUUUAUGGUUUUGAAAGUUGUUCCUCUGAAGAUGCUUUAAUUAACUUGGGAAAUGUAACCUUUUCAGUGGUUUAUUCCCACCAUAGGAUGCAGAGCUGGAAAAGAUUACGAGGAGGUUCACGAUAGAACUGGCAAAGAAAGGCUUUAUCGGUAAGUUUGCAGAGCUGCUGCAUGGGAUUAAAGGUUUGAUGUAUUGGGCUUUAUCUUGUAUGGCACAGUCUGCAGUGCUUGAUACAGCUGUUUAAUAAUGCUUCCUACACUCUCUCUCACCAUCUCUAACCCCUUCAAUCAUCGUGUUUCCAGUAUCUUCUCAGCUUCCUUUUUAAACAUCUGUUUAUUACACCAAGUAAAGAUCUCCUUUCCAAAUUAUAAUGGAUCUCCUGCAAGGAUGUCCACAGCACAGGGCAAAAUAUUAAUGGGGCAUAGAGGCAAUCACUUCUCCUUAAAGGUCACCUUGGAAAUGACCUUGGCUCUUGCCUCUCUAGCAGGGUAGCAGCCAUUGUGCAGGGCCAGCUUGAACUUCCAUCAAUGCCUUUAAUGUUUGCUUAAUAAGCCACUUGCACAUUAUUAUACCAUAGCUAGCUUUAGUCUGCUAGGGCUGCCACAAAGGGAAAACUUGAUAAGUCUGAGAUCAGCUUGCGGCUGUAACCUGUGGUAGGUCUAUUUGGAAAUCAAAGUAAUGUCACAAUGGGGUGCUGGCUGGGCCAUCCGUGCUGGACUGCUCCUUUAGGUCACUUUGAUUUGUGUGGGUAUCCUGCUAACUCAGUGUACGUAACACUCUGCUUUCUCUGCUAACCAAAAUGACCAAUAAUAUUCCUAUGGACAGGGGCCACUCGCUGCUCCUUAUUGUCAAAAGACCACUGUCCCAGAAACAUUGAUUUAGUGGACAUGUACUUAAUAUCCCUUUAAAGAGUCUAAGCACAAUGUUCAUCUCCUAAUGAAAUGGUAUUGCCUUAGAGAUGCAGCCUUGCAACUGAAAUAUCUGGUAUCCGCAUGCAAUAUAGGGUGACACUAGACUAAGGCCCUGUGUCCAAUGCUUCUCCAUCAUUCUCAACUGUAAUCUGACGAUCUAGUCCUUUUUCUUCUGAUUGUAUGUCUUCUCAUACCCACCUCAGUCUUACAUUGGCCAAAUUUCAUUUUCAAUUCUUAAAUGGACUCUCCAUGCACCUCAACAGCUUAUUGCUCACUGAAUAUGUACAAUAAAGUUACUUAUAACUGCAUGGAUUACCAAGACUACUGCAAUUAUUAGUCUGCUCCAUUAAUGGCUGAUGUAAAAGGACAUGUUUUCACUUCCUCUUUUUAACAUGCAUAUUCAGAAUUUUUAUUUUCUCUUUUUUUCACCCUUCCUCUCUCCCUUUUCAAUGAUUUUAUUUCUUCCUUUUUGGAGAUUGUUAAACAAUACUUUCUCUCCUUUAAGGGCCUGGCAUUGAUGUCCCAGCUCCAGAUAUGAGCACAGGAGAGAGGGAAAUGUCCUGGAUAGCAGAUACUUAUGCUAAUACUAUUGGACACACGGUAAGUUUGUGAACCUGCCAUGGUUGAAAAACCUGUUCAUUUCAUUAUUUAACCCUAAGACUGUUGAUUGGAUGUUUGUCCAACAAUUUACGUCUUUGUGGCUUGAUAAAGUGCUAAAUGAGAAGCAAUCCCUGGAAACCAGCAGAACGUCUCAGUGUAAUACUUUGCUCCUGAGUAGCACCUAUUUUUCUAAGUGUAGAAGUGGCAGACCUCACUGGACUGGAUAUGUUCUGAAAGCAGUAAAACUAUUUAAAAAAUAAAAUAAAAAAUCUUGCCCCAAGUGUCUUGUAAGGGCGUCAACAUACACACGAUCCCCAGUACUUGCCUGUCUGUCCAAUUAUCUGGUUGGUUCUGCGAUCCCUUGGGUUCCUCUGUGCUUCCUUUUAAAGCACUAUGGUAGAAGUAGUUGCUGCUCCUAGGGGCUUCUGAUAUUUUUCUCUCUAGACUGGUUCAUGCAGGGAGCAUGUUUUUCAGGCCACAGUCUUGGUGAGGAGGGCACACCAUGUAUGUGAAAGUAUACGAUUAAACGUUAAGCUGUGCUUUCAUGGUAUAACUUCCUGUAACUCAGUGGAUUGGUUAGCUGUAGAAAGCUGCUCUGCCCAAUAACAUGCCUUGUUUUCUAUACCUUUAUACACAAUCUGAUGUCUCUCCCGUUUAUUUUCUCUAUGGUAAAACUAUUUCAAGCUGUAGGUGGUUAUUGAUGAUUUCAAAAUCAAAGCUGUUAACUUGUCUUUAGUUAAACCUAGUGAAAGCUGCCCGCCGGGAGAAUUUACAUAAAUCCAGUUCUUCACUUGUAUAGGAAAUCCAGUCAGUCCAGACAUAAAGUGAAAAUUCUUUUAGUACUGCAUUAUUCAUUUUUUUUUUUUUUUAUGUAUUUUGUUGGCACCAUGUUACUGCAGGAAAUUAAAUUCUAGGCAAUCUACAAAUAAGCCUUCAAGUCUUGGGCCUUUUUGAGUAUCUUUGAUCCUAUUGGAAUUCUAUAUCAUGUAAAGUUUAUUGUUUAAAUCACACUUUAACGCUUCCUAUUAGGCUGUCUAAGGAAAGUAAGAGUCCAUGGCUCACUGAAAUGCUGAUUUUAGCGCAGCAUAUGAUUGAUCUGUUUAAUGUCUUUAAAAAGUUUAUCUAAAAGAGAAAUCCCAAACUUUUUUUUUUUUAUUUUGUCACAAAAAACAUUUUUCACACACUUGUUGCUCUGCAGGAUAUUAAUGCACAUGCCUGUGUAACUGGUAAGCCGAUCAGCCAGGGAGGAAUUCAUGGACGUAUAUCGGCCACCGGUCGGGGUGUCUUCCAUGGGAUUGAGAACUUUAUCAAUGAAGCUUCAUACAUGGGCCAGCUGGGCAUGACUCCUGGGUUUGGUGACAAAACCUUUGUCAUUCAGGUAAAGCAUAUGUUUAAUUUCAUGCCUCUCAUCAGAACCUGGAUUACUGUGCAAUGAUAGGGGAAUUCUAGAUCUGGGAAAACGCCCUGUUUGGACGGUACAUUUAUUGUUGAAGCUGCAUGCACAAAAUAUUGUCUGAUGUGCAUAAACAGUUUGGCUGGAGGCGGGUGGGGGAUGGUGGAUGAUCUUUUUAAUGGCACAGUACACUUGUACACAUGUGUUUGCUGUAAAUGCAGAUAGCCUGCUAGGUGUUAGUGGUCUUGCAUAUUUCAGUUAGCCCCUAAAACAGAUUACCUGUGUCUGGUACCAGAAUGAGGAAGCUAUACCCAGUAUGACUAGCUGAUAUUGUUGUUUCAAGCAUGGGGUGUGUGCCUCUGACAUUUCUUGUAAGAAGCUGUGUGUCUUGCGGCACCAGAUUCCUUCAGUUGUUGUAGCAGUGCCUGUUUGAAGUGCUGAACAUGCAUGUACAAGGCUUACAAAAACAGCACUUCCUGAUUACAUUAGUAAACCUGCUUAGCCAUACAAUCCCACUUUCCACUGGCAGGCUUGGCUGUCUGCUUUUUACAGACUUGGCUUGAUAACUAAAGGAAAGCUGCCAUGGUGGUGGAGCACAAUCAAUAUGCUCGUGUUUUUCUAUUUGACAACAUUGAGUCACAUCGGCAGAGUGAUAAGUUCUCAAUGAGAAACUGUGUGACAGUAUACAAACAGCCGAUGCUCUCAGCCAGCGAUAAUGGAACUUCGUAGGCUAGUGUGAAACUGCAUAGCUGUACUGACAGAACUAUGGGUGCCAGAUAGAACCAGGUAAGUGUCACUGUCUGACAGCUUAUCGUGGGACGAUUUAAAGGGGUUAGGUGCUUGCAUCUACCGUUUGCAGUAGUGGUUGUGGUACUUAGCGUGUCUCUUUAAUUCAGUGGUUUCCAAACCAGUCAUCAAGCCCCGCCUACCAGUCCAGGAUUUAGGGAUUACCCAGUUGUGUCUAAGGUCUUUUUACAAGAAGGGGGAAAAAAAAUACUUUGACACAACUGGGUAAUCUCUAAAUCCUGGAAUGGUAGGCGUGCCUUGAUGACUGGUUUGGAAACCACUGCUUCUUUAAUCUGAAGUCUGAAUCUACUGCGUUGGUCUAACAUACAGUUUAUGGAAUUCUCAUAAGUAAAUGGGCUAAAUGACAAGUACAGGAAGUGCAGACAUUUUUACAGAGGGAGAACAAAUGUGCACAUACUCAUUACACUGAUGCAACUUUUCAACAUCCAUAUCCUGUAAGCUCUUACUCAAAGUAAGAUGGCUAUAUGUGAAAUUCCUGCCAAAGUUUUUCUUCCUUUUUUUGAUUCAUGUCUUUAGUAUUUAAGCUGUAACCGUGGCUGGUUCCCUUAUUUACCACUAUAACGUCUUAAAGCAUAGAACUUAGCAGAGCUAACCAAUACAGAUACAUUAGCCAUAAUUUUAUAUAGUUAGUAAGAGAUCCUCUAUUUAACAUAUAAAUAAUUAAGAAUACAAUAUAAAACUAGAAAAGCUACAAUUUCUGGUGAAAUUGUGUGAAGUGUUCUUGCCUCCACCUGUAGUCUACAACUGGAGUGGGCGGAGUAACUGUUAUCAUUCACAUAGCACAUUUAAUUGCAACGUUGUUGCACAGUUACAUUAAACCAUACAUUUAUAAAAACAUUAGCAGGUGUUCAAAAGGCCCUGUCUAUGACAUCACUUGCUGCUGCAGCUUGACACAGGUCAGAGUAUUUUGGUGGUUGCCAUCUUCAAACGGUCGUAUUUUAAAAACUAUAAAUCCUACAGCGAAGAGCUUUAUAUUGUGAGAAUCACAAGACCCAGACCUACAUUUUGAUGCAUAGUAUGUCUCUGAAGUAUUAAAAUUGAAGGCACAGUCGCAGUUUAGAAAUUGCACUUCAAAUUUGAGCUUUGCAGAGUGAAGUUUCAAUGAAAGUCAAUGGACGGCGUUAGUUGCAAACAAAUGAUUAUAUUGUGAAAACUAUCAGGACUACGGCUUAGCCGUUGACAUGUUUAGUGGCAGCAGGGAUAGCUGAACGUUUUGAUAUAAGAUUUGUGUAGGUGGGCACGUUUUGGUAAAUUUUGGUCUAUGUAGUGUAAAAACUGUGGGAGGAGUUAGGGUGGCAAAUUUUGCUAUAAUAAUAAUAAUAAUAUAUAUGUGAUAACAUUAAGUGGUCUUGCUAUGCAAGAACACUUAAUAAUAAUAAUAAUAUAUAUGUGAGAUAACAUUAAGUGGUCUUGCUAUGCAAGAACACUUCAUAAGGAUUGUCUUUGAAGCAAUAAAGUUUUGUCUUUUAGAUAUUUAUUAUAUAAAAAUAUAAAGACAUAUAAAAUCCAUUACAAUUUAUAGCAGAGUUUAUAAGAUUAAACUAAAUGCUUGCAAAUAUCAUUAAUAGAUUAACAUACCCUCCUUAACAUGUCAUGUCAGCCUCUCUGUCAUUAGAAGGUGGAGCGUCUGUCUCCAAAUCUCUCCUCUCUAACACUUAAAAGGCACACAUAUUUAUACCUUAAGUGUCUUCAUUUUAGGAUUACUGUAGUUCAUAUAUGAAAAAGUAACUUUUUACUUCAUUUUAGGACCUCCCUUAACUUGGCAAAAAAUUAAGGCCAUAACUAAAACGUAAGGGUGCACACGUCAUGGGAAAUUCCCUGACUUAGGACAAGAUGGCAUCUUAAAGUCUGUACAUCUUUAUCUAUUUAGGGUUACCACAGUAUAUUAUGUACUGAAAGAGUCGUAGCAUAGCCUUGAAGCUUGUUUAUACAUUAGUAUUUCGUCUGGGACAAACUGGCGUAAACCUUAUGCACUGAACGUAGGUAUAAGGUUAUUGCUUAAAGAAACAUGUAUGAAAAACAAUGUUCCAUUUCUAACACUUAUCAGUUUGCAAUAUCGCUUAAAGACAAAGUACACAGUUUGAGAAAUACAAUAUUUGCAUUUGCCCGUAGCAAACCCAUGUCUAUUUCCAUCAUGCCCACCCAUUGUGUUGUGAUGUAAGUAUUGCUAUAAAAUGUAAAUGUAUUCCUAUUUUACUUAAACAGGGAUUUGGUAAUGUUGGUCUGCAUUCCAUGCGUUAUCUCCACCGUUUUGGUGCCAAAUGUGUUGGCAUUGGUGAGAUUGAUGGUACCAUCUGGAAUCCAAAUGGUAUUGACCCUAAAGAACUUGAAGACUACAAACUGGUAAGCCGUGGGAGAUGUGUAGUGGUUUGUUACUUUUAUUCUUGACAAGCGAGCGGACACUUCCCUGCUUUAAGGAUCACUACAUAGUGUUGGGAACACAAUUCUAAGUAUCCAAUGUCCUCCGUAUAGAGAGUUUUGGCUUCCUAAUGCACAGCAACUGAUGCAUAUGCAUUUAUAAUUCCCCAUAGGAAAGAGGCUUCCUUGUCACGUCGCUGAGUUUUGACAGCCAGUAGAGGUGGCCUUAACCCUGAAAUGUAAACAAUGCAGGAUUCAGAGGACCGGGACCCCUAGACCACUAUAAUGAAAUUGCUAUCAGGCUUCUUUUAAUUCACUACCUUUCCAUAGAGUAUUUCCAUGUAAUUCUGCACAUUUGAAUGCUUCAUAUAAAAAGUGGCAUCAUACUGGAAAUCCAUACGGUCAGUAAAUAGCAAGAGUCCAGCCGAUAUUGCCUUCCCAGUGAAAUAAACCGAAGAGCUUGAAAUGUUUUUACAUGGUUCUUGCUCUAUACAAACUGAGCUGAAUGGGCGGCACACUCCAUUGAAAAGUUGGUGCUGUCCUGACCGUACUCAUAUUUAAAAAAAUAAAUAAAAUUUUUUUAUUUAAUUUUCCUUUUUAUUCUGCUGUAGAGUAGGAGUAGUGGUGUGUCUUUAAAUUCUCACAUGUGUAUCUUUGAAACAGCAACACGGAACAAUAGUGGGAUUCCCGAAGGCCCAGCCAUAUGAUGGAAACAUUCUCGAGGCAGAGUGCGACAUUCUCAUCCCAGCUGCCAGUGAGAAGCAACUCACAAAGUCGAAUGCACAUAGGAUAAAAGCCAAGGUGACUGGUUUCUCUUGGAUAUUAACUUGACUUGCAGUUAAUGAAGUUUAUGAAUUACUAACACGUGCCUCUGAUUUGAUGCAGAUUAUUGCCGAAGGUGCGAACGGUCCUACAACGCCAGAAGCUGAUAAAAUCUUCCUUGAAAGGAACAUCAUGGUCAUUCCAGUAAGUUCUUGGCUCCCAACGUUAACACGUGAAUUGUACUUUACAUAUGACUCACAAUGUGAAGCACUGCCCAAAAAAGAGAAUCCCCGAGGUCCGGCAAUGGCUACAACUCCUAUGAUUUGUCAGCUAAAUGGCACUUGAGUUUGCAGUGCCACCAAGGCUUUCAUUUACAUUCUACUAGUGCCAACUUCAUGACAGGUGCACUUUUGUUGACAACCUUUGUAUGAAUUUUUUAUUUUUUUUGUAACAAUUGAAAGAAUAUGGGUUCACCAAAUAAGUGUUUUGGAACAUGUAACGUAAUAAAGUACUGCACAUGGUGUUCUUCAUCCCAUAUUAAGGACAUUGUAAUUUUUUUCCAACUUGGUAAUGAGAGGAGAUGUAUGUUGUUGUAGUGCAGCUCUGUGUGGUCCUAUAGGGAAGCUAUUAGAGGCCAACAAUUGCCAGCACAUAAUGCGUAUGCUGUUUGGAAGCUUUAUUUCUAAUACAAUGAAACAACCACCUUGGCAUUAAUUUGGGUUUGGAAAUUAGGGUUUUGGCCGUGUAUUAUGACAAAUGCACUUGCCGUUCUUUUAUCAAAAAUAAUUCAUGAACGUUUUGGGUAAACUUCCAAAAUGCACGAUUCAUUGGCAGUUUUAACCCCUUAACUACAGAAGAUGUUGGGCAUUGCAAGGUACCUUGACGGUUAGUGAUGUGUCACUGUGCACGCUGUGAUACCAAGUGCUGCAUUAUCACUAGGACCAUGUGGAUGUGUUGUAGCAGCUUCAAAAAAGGAAAGCCUCCAAAAAAAGUGCGCUAUAAAGUAGCUGCCUUCAGGUUUACUGGAUGUGGUGCUGUGUAUUUUUCUGUGCACUGUGCAGUUGUGUGCUGAUGUCACUAGUGGUGACACGGCCUUUAUUGCACGAGGUGGGAACAUCGCCAAACAGAGAGGUUGCCAAAUAUGCAGUUUUAUAAAUAGCGGUCUGCAAAUGACCACACAUGCUUGUACACAGGCUAUGUUUAGAAAGUAACUCAGGGCUUGGAUUUCUAGAUAUGUUUUCCUUGAAUGCAUGUAGAAACCUUUCCCUCGCUCAUGUGCACCUGUAUAACAUACACUGCCGAUGUUUCAGCAACACUUCUUACGAAUUCCUUCAAAACCUGUUUGGUUUUUUUUCUUGGCAUAUUGAUAUACCUAAUAAUUUAAACCAAUCAGGGAGAUCUGUCCAUUAUCCCUUCCCUCCCCACCCCCUCCUCCCCUUAAGCAUGAUCAUGUUAAUGAAACUAAAACUGUACACAUGGGGUAAUCAAUGAACCAAAGAUUGUUGUAUUAACCUGUGGUGGUUCACAAAAAUUAUAGCAUAAAAUGUUACAAAGUGUGGACUAAAAAAUAUGCUAUGGAUGGAUCAGUGUUUGUAAACAAAUUAUUCUAAAGUGACCUGGAGCCCAAUGAUUGGAAAUGAAUGUGGCCCUUUUUUAACAUGAAAAUGAAAUGAGAAGCCUGGACAUGAGUCACUGUGGAAAGGCAAAGGGCUGUCCAGAGGAUGCAGUGUGACACACAAUAUCUGAUAACUGUUUGUUCCCCCUCCCACGAUGUACACUAGGUGGCACUGUUUACAGAAAUGAUUCCCUUUGCAGUUUGUGACACACAAGUUUCUGUUUAGGAUCUGUAUUUGAAUGCCGGGGGUGUAACCGUGUCUUACUUUGAGUGGCUGAAAAACCUUAAUCAUGUUAGUUAUGGACGUUUGACCUUCAAGUAUGAACGUGACUCAAACUACCACUUACUAAGUAAGUACUAAACUCCUAUCUGGGCUUUUUGCACUAGCCUUCUAUGUGUCCCAGCAGUGUUCUAACUUCUCUUUUUAUUUUUAGUGUCUGUACAAGAAAGUCUAGAAAGGAAAUUUGGGAAACAUGGUGGUGCUAUUGCAGUUGUGCCAACUGCUGAAUUCCAGGCCAGGAUAUCUGUAAGUAGGCUGUUCUCUACAAUAUGUAUCGUAUGAUCUGUGACCUGGCGAUGGGUGGAAUGCUUAACUUGACAAUUCACCAGCUUUGUUUUUUUUUUUUUUUUUUUUUUUUUUCUUUUAUUGAGGCAUAGACUUUACGGGUACAGAAUAAAGAAAGGGAGACAAUAAAAGUCAUACAGGAUGGGGUAUCACAGUUUACCAUACAACAUCUCCGAAACUUGUCGGCCUCGUUUUUAUUUUUUAAAUAAUGUGUAUUAAAGGCAUUGUGUAGCGUUAGGUGCCUGCCUGCUUUGUGUCAAGGUAUAACUUGUAGUAGGUAUUAAGGCACCUCUGAAUGUGCCAGUGUUGAGCGUGGGACCUUAGUUAGGUGAGCUUGGGUAGGUAUGUGUGUCUUAGCUGGGUGUGGUCAACUAAGUUGCUAGCUAAGAGUGCAGCAGGUAGUGUGCGGUAUAUUUCGAGCUGUGUAACGCACUCUGGUUGUUAGGAGAGGGGGGGGUGAAAGUGGCCCAAUGCGUAUUAUUAUUAUGAAAGCUUACGGAGCCAGUAUUGUGCGGGUUUGGGAAGAGCAUAGUGUUAAGAAGCAGCAUUUGGUGGAGAGAAAAGGGAGAAUAAAAACAGAAAAAAAAACAAAAAAAAAAACAGCAUCAGUAUUGGGAAUACCAGCUUUGUUUUUCAUCCUGCCACUUCAUGUGAAUUAGGAUCUAAAUCUGUAAGGGUCCAUCCAGAGGCUUUAACAUCUAUUUUGUAUCAAAUUUUGAAAAUUGAGACUUCAUUUAAUCCAGUGCUUUGUGAAUACCCAUAAUAGGCAUGUUUGUCUAAACUGAGCAUCUUCCAGAUUAUUCAAUUGGAAGUAAAGCCUGUUGUGUUAAUUCGAUCUGCAACAAACAAUAUUUCAAGCGAAAAUAAAAUAUUUGUGUAGAAUGCUGAUGCUAUCUGCAUUAAAACAACCAUAUGGCUGCCCUUCAGCCAAAAACAUGUAGACAUGAAGCCAUUGACUCCUGGCCAACACAAUUUAGGUGAUUAAAGCAAUGCAGAGAGGCAACUCAGAAUAAUUAACAUUUUUGUUUCUCAUUAUAUGCCUGAAGAGAGGACUUGAUAUAAACCACUAGUCAGACUUAAUUUUAAUCAGAUUUGAAAGACUUGUUCAUGGUGGUUGCUAUAAAUUUUCGUAUUUGGAAUUAGAUGAAGAUUUCAUAUUUAGAAUAAUAUAAUCUGAAAUUAUUGCAAGGUGAACUUCCUCCAGUUUAAUUGGUAAUAUUUGGCGAACAAUUUAGAGACACUAUAGUCACCAGAACAAUUGUCACUCAAUGUAGUUCUGGUGUCUAGAGUCAGUCCUUACAGGCUUUUUAAUGUAAACACUGCCUUUUCAGAGAACGUACGUUCAGUCUCCACACUCUGCAUGGAGACUCUAAACGCUCCCAAAGAGAGAUCUUGAUUCAAUGCAUCUCUAUGAGGAGAUGCUAAUUGGUGCAGUGUGGAGUCUUGCUGCACAUUGGGCAAUAGCCUGCCAAUGCUUACCUAUGGGAAAGCAUUGACUUGGCUUAGCACAGCAACUUUAAUCUCUGCCAAGGAGGUGUGGCAGAGCCAGCCAUAACGAGAUCGGUGCUGUGCUGGAAAUAAAGUGAAUAAAUUACCUUUUUUUUUUUUUUUAAAGGCAGGCAAGGGGAGCCGGACACCAAAACGGUUCUUACAAUUAUAGUGUCAGGAAUACAUGUUUGUGUUCCUUUAAAGGUACUCAUUGUGUGUCCAUAGACUUGCAGAGCAAAUUGGUCUUUUUCUGAACUUUGUUUUAGACCUUUUUCUUCUGUGAAAAAGUCAAUUUUCAAUUAACUGCAUAUUUUACAAAGACCACUGAUGGUGACAUUUGUGUUCCUGGGGUGCAGUGCAUUUGAGUUAUACUUGUCUGUCUCCUGGCACUUCACCUGAAAGGAGCCCACGUCAGCGAGACCAAUGCAGGCUCCAUAAAUCUCUUGCCAUGAGCAAGAUAAUGGAUUAUUACCACUAGUUAUAAAUUAUUACGACUAGUGUCGGCCGGAGGAAGAGACAAAACCUGUUUGCCAGUGGUAGCUCCUGCUUUUUAUCAAACUUUUCAAGUGGAAGACUACAAAGUUGUCCCUUAACUGUUUGACUGUAUUGGAAUUUCAAUCAAAUUCCUGCGUAAGCUUUGAGUAUUUAAAAAGAUCUUAUCUGUAUGAAAUGUUUUAUUGGAGCUGCUUUUAUUGAACUAAUUCACCAGAAAUGUAAACAUUUGAAUAUACAGCCUCAAAUUCCUUUCAUGCUGAAUAAUCUUCGGACUUCAAUAUAUUUUAGAUACAAAUCCUAUUUUAAAAGUGUCUGGUUUUAUAAUCUAUGUAUAUUUCCAGCUUGUUUGUGUAUCAGUAAUGAUUGGACUUGUGGCUUUGUUGGACUGCAGAUGGAAAUCUAGAAAGAUGUUCCAUGAAAACAAUCUGGUUAAAACGUUUAUUUUUUUUAUAUACUUGCCUUACGCAUUUCUCGUCCUAUUUUGCAGGGUGCGUCUGAGAAAGACAUUGUCCAUUCGGGUCUGGCAUACACCAUGGAGCGAUCUGCUAGAGUAAGAUUUCAUUUCUUCGUAAUGUCAAUACAUUCUAAACCCUUAAUCUUCUUUGCUGUAAAAUUGUAGAGACCUGAAAACUUAAAUUGCAGAGUCCAGGCCAAAAUAGUCACUGAAGAAAAAUAAAUGGUUUUUACUGUAAUUACAGCUUGGCUAUCUUUGAGACUGUUUCUGCAGUUCGGUUUUCAGUUGCUACAGUUUGUUUAGUGAAUAAUCCCCAUUGCCAAAUCUGUGUUAUCCAUUGUAUUGCCAAAACUAGAAUAAAAUGUUGGGUAUCUAUGAUGUGGCCAUACUGGAAGACCUUGCAUCGAAGUACACCUAUCCCCUGGACUACACGAUUAUUGGAGGGCUCUAUUAUGUUUAAUAAGUCAAUAGAAGCAAAAGGCAAACGUUAACUGUAACUUCUCCUCCCUAUAGCAAAUAGGCUGUUUUUAGGAAGUCUCCUCUCGGUAUGAGAAUCCUCUAACAUGUGAUCUGCUGAGUGUUCCAGGAGACCAUUGCCUCUAGCAUGCCCUGUGCCUGGCACCAUCUUCCCCAUAAUGUCUUGCUCGUGCAGCCGCAGGUUUAAGGGAUAGUUUCCAUUAGAUCAGAGUUUACAGAAAACACCAUUGAGUUUUAUGUAGCUGCAAGAUUUAAAUAGCACUAUUAAUCGAUUAUAUAAAACUUUAUUUGCUAUUUCAAUGGGCAGUUUCAUUGGUAUUUUCCUUUGUAUGCAUACAAAAGAACAGUAUGUAUUAAUUUUAUUUAUUAUCUUAUCCCCAUUUUCUUUCUCUCGUCUUGCAUAAUAACCUCUCAAAAUGCACUUUCCUCCCAGCACUGGUAUUUACUGUCACAGUAUAGGUCUCCUGGGUCUCUGGUCAUUAAUCUGUAUCAUGUGGUUGGACUGAAAGACAUCUCCCCACUUUUCAGACUUGGCUCAUUGAGUAAAAGCUGUCAAGUAGCAAUUGGAGAAGGAAGACAUGUUUGUUUGUUGUUGCAAAUUAUAUAAAGGCAUCAGAUUCCGUAACGCUUUACAAUAUUAUGAGAGGGGGGAUUUAACUAUAAAUAGGACAAUUAUACGAAAACUUACAGGAACGAUAGGUUGAAGAGGGCCCUGCUCAAACGAGCUUACAGUCUAUAGGAAGUGGCGUAUAAAACACAACAGGACAGGAAAUGGCAAUUAAAUAAGGUCGGAAUGAAGUUUAGUGAAUAUUAUUUAGACUAAUGUGCCAAAGCAUCUAUAGUUCAGAUAGUUUUAUUAUUCCUAAAGUCCUGCUGGUGCUAAACUUGCUAUUCUGCCACCUGUCUAUUCGAUGCCCGUAGGAUAGUAUGUGGCCCCUAUAAGGCACUCCCAGGAAGACUUCUCCCACAUACGUAGUCCACAAUUUUAUAAUUUAUUUGAAUAAAAACUGACCAUAUUCUCAAUCUUCUCUUGCAGCAAAUCAUGCGCACUGCAAUGAAGUACAACUUGGGCUUGGAUCUGAGAACCGCUGCCUAUGUCAACGCCAUCGAGAAAGUAUUCAAGGUGUACAAUGAGGCUGGUCUGACCUUCACAUAGAUGAUGAAAUCUACUGGACCGCUCCCCUUUUGCCAUCCCUUUUUUAAAAUAUAUAUACGUUUACAUGUAACCACAGACUUAUCAAUUUCUGUUUUGUUUAGAUUUUUCCUCACGUAUGACUGAGGACACAAAUGCUUCCGUCCCUUUUUUCUUUUCCAUACACUAUUUGGUGUACAAGAACCCAAGUAACUUGAAACCCAUUUUAAGUCUAUCAGAGGACCUGCUGAGUUUGUUUGGGUACUAGCAGACUUCUUUUCUUGUGUCAGUCAAGGAGCAGUCAUUGAUAAUGCAGUGACUUGCUUGGUUAUUGAAGUAACCGCUACUAAAUUUGGCCAAAUAGAUUUGUUUUUUUUUUUAAAUUGCUGAUGUUUCUCUGGUUACAAAAUAUGUACCUUGUGUAGGAUUACAAAAUGUUGGGUUAGAUUGUUUUGUUCUCUGGAGUUACAAUGUUCUGUAUACUGUACGACAUAUCUGUUUUAAUUUGGACAUUAAAACCAGACGUUCUGAAUAUUUCAUAGGCUUGGCAGAGUGGUUUGAGCGGCCGCUAUAUUAUCCGCUGUCACUUAUGUAACAUACGGAGUGAGUUUCUUUUACUGCAGUCUUCAUGUUGAGUAGAGUGGGGCAGGCCUCGAGUGGAGCGUUUCAGGAGCGUCAUGGAAUGACGUUUUGCACAUAAACCUCUGCAGGCCAUGUUUUUUUUUUUACACUUGCUGCUGAACCAUGUGCGAACGUAGGCUUCAUUAUCAGUUAGGACUAAUUUGCCAGUUGUAAAUACUGAACUGUAUUAAGCAUAUAGUUCUCGAUAAUGUCCUACUACUAGACAUGAUUGUGUUUUUGUUAACUGGGCUAUAUCUUAAAGGGAAAGUAUGGCUUAGAGUAGAGUGUAACUUCCUUUAGUCCACAGUGGCUUCUGCCAUCGCCUUUAUUUGUCCUUUAUUCAAUCGUCUGCAACUUUAUUGAACAACUUCAUAUCUCAUUAGUCAGCCUUCUUAAUUAUCCUUCAGGCUGCAGUGUUAGCCGUAACAUUUUCAUAAGGUUAUACUUUUUAAACUAGUCUGCACACAUCUGUUUCUACAGCAUAUAUUAAUCUCCAACUGAUGCCAUAUACAGGUAAUCUUCAUGUCCUUACAUUUUUAGACAUUUUAAGGUGGCCUAAUGAUGCAAAGUUUUUAAAACUCUAUGCAUUUUUUUCAAACCCCCCUCCCUGUCCAGCCGUUUCAUAUAGUAGUUAUCCUGUCUUAUGCUUCUGUUCACUGAAACCACUUGCAUAAAUGUACAGCUAGUAAUACUCAAAUAUAUAUUUGUCCAAAUAUUUUUUUAGCUCUCAAGGCCUCGCAAGAACCGUUUUUACAAUACUGUUCCACUAUAGUUCCAAGGAGAUGUAUUGCAGAUCUUAGGAGUUGCAGCGCAUAUGAAAUGUAUACUUUCUUUUUUGUUACUAACUUUGUAACCGCAUGAAUUGAGAAAGUGAUCAAAUAUGACAUUAAAAGUCCUCCUUUCCAAAAAUGGUGUCAUUUCUUUGCUUCCCGUUCAGAUAGGUAAACUGCACAUCACGAAGUCAACACUGGUUAGAGACAUGCCAGGUACCAGAACUGUUG